GCUAAAAAGCAGCAGGUACUGCCGCAUUUUCGUCUCUGUCUCUGCUGGAAAGACUUGAACAAUCCGGGAUGGAUCUUAAGACGCUUCUGUUUCUGCUCAGUUUUAUCGGAUGCUGUGCAGGGGAAGACGUCCUACCGCCGGGUCCAGUGGACGCAAUUUUGGGGAAAAACGUGACUUUAAAGACUCUGGUUGACAAACCAGAUUACACCGUUAUCAUCUGGAAUUUCAACGACGGGACAGUGUCGGGUAAUGUUGUCACUGCUGCGAAAGGGGCAGGGGUGACAGUGAGCGAAGAAUACACCGGAAGAGCGUCGAUGAACGAGACCAAUGGCUACUUGACGCUGGGACCCCUGAAAGCGGAGGACAGUGGGGAGUACACCAUCAGCAUCGUAAUAGCCGGCAGCCCCACGAAAACCGGGGAGACUGAGCUCCGAGUUCUAGUGCCGGUGUCGGAUGUGGCCAUCACGUCCAACAUGCCCGAUGCGAUCGAGUUUAACAGCACCGUGGUUCUGACCUGCUCCGCCAAAGGCUCCUUCCUCAAGUUCACCUGGCUGAAGGGCACCACACCCAUCAAGGCUGACGGCAACCAUUUCACAGUGAAAGACGAUGAACUGUCCAGUACCCUGACCAUCAAAGACGUUCUCAGGAAAGACCUGGAUGCUCCCAUCAUCUGCACAGCUGCCAACAGCCUGGAGACGGAGAGGAGCGCCCCCUACAACGUCACGGUCUACUACGGACCAGAUGAAGUCACCAUCUCUCCUCUGAAUCCUCCCGCUGUCCUCAGAGCCAAAUCCAACUUCAGCCUGACGUGUACAGCCCGCUCCAACCCGCCUGCCAGUUUCGCCUGGUACCACGACGGGCAGAAGUUGGAGAUGUCGGGUCCUGUUCUGACGCUGGAAGUGAUCGAAAAACAUGGAUUAGGGAAAAAGGCGGAAGCAUACAAAUGCAGCGCCACAAAUGCCAAAACCCAGCGUGUGGUGUCCUCUCCUGCUGUUUCCUUCUCCGUGAUGGAGGCCAUCUCAGGUAUUAAAAUCACUGGUCCGACUGCUACCCUCAUCGCCGGCAACAGCACAGCUAACCUCAGCUGCCAGGAGACGGCCGGCACCGUGAAGUCCACCACAUGGUCGAAAGACGGCAAACCUCUGUCUGCCGGCGGCCGCCUGGUCUUCUCCUCCGACAUGAGCUCCAUGAUGAUCAACCCGCUGCAGAAAGAGGACAACGGACAGUACAUGUGCCAGCUCACCAACCCCAUCAGCACGGAAAAAAGCACCUACAAGAUGGUGGUCAACUACGGUCCAGAGUCAGUGAAGGUAACCGGUCCAGAGGCUGUAGAGAUGAAUGACAACGUGGAGUUCUUCUGCACUGCUGCCUCCAUGCCUCCCGCCAACUUCACCUGGAAGUUUAACGGCACAGUGAUGCCCGUCAAAGCGGCCCAGUAUAAGAUCGAGAUGGCUCGUUACAAAAACAGCGGAACGUACACGUGCGAGGCGCACAACCCCGUCACUGGCAAAACCAUCAUGCACACCCACACCCUGUCCGUCAAAGAGGAAGGAGAGUUGGAUGGUCUCUCAGACGGAGCCAUCGCUGGAAUCGUCAUCGCCAUCCUAGUCGCUCUUGGUGCCGCCAUCGCCUUAAUCAUGUACUGCAGACAGAAAGUACCGGUCGAGUCGCCGUACUAAAGAAGUUCCUGCACGCUGCUGCAUCCGACUGUUUUGUUUGGAGGAUCGCCCAGUUGGAUCCAACUGGUUUCCAGUGAAGCCCUUGCCAAACCAGAUUUCCCAUCAUCCCUCUCUCUCUCUAUCACUCUCUCUCUGGCUGAGGACAAUGGAAACUUGAUUUGGCCUGAACGAUGGAAUAUUGGAAUAUUAUCUGGACUCUUCACUCUUUGUUCUGAUCUCAGUUUUUAAUUUUUAAAAAAAAAAUUUUCACCUUCACGACGUCGUCCAGCUUCACUGGAUCACGUCCUCCUUCUGUCCUUCUUUUGUCCACCUGGUGUUCACAAGCGUCAUCCUUCACCUUUUGUCUCACUCGUGGCUUCCUGCAGGAAACUAAAAACACAGAGUUCCUCUGUGUGACAGAGACGUUUCCUGGACUGAAGCUGACAGUUUUGAUGAGUGACACUCUUUAUCCUGCGGGAAACCUGAGGAGGAAACACACACACGCACACACACACACAGAGGCCACACAUGUAGACAGUUAGGAUUUUAGGUUCAAAUAAUAUCUGAAUUUUUUUUUGUGGUUUGAUUGAUCUCACUCUCUGUGCCAGGUGGGUGGAGUUUAGCAGAUGGGGGCCGCUUCGAGUGCAGCGAAGGAUUUCAAAGUAAGAUGCUUGGAUGCUUCUUUGCACUCGACAGCGUUACCGAAGCACGGUGUGAUCCCAAAUACCUCAGUUUCUCUGGUGCUCACCACUCUGAGAAAUCUCUCUAACACCUGUUAAGCCCACUUUGGUGCAAACAUUUUGCCCGCUGAGUUUUUUUUUUUUAACUGAGGUUGAUACAAAAUAUAUUAUAAUUUUUUUUCUUUAAUGUUGUUGUUCAAACAACAGCUGGAGCCAAGAAGAUAGAGCUCAGUGUAGCUGUUGGUUAUAUUAUAUUUUAGGGUUACCCAUAUUUGCUUUUACAGACUCUGCCAGCCAAACAAAAUACACUUAAACACGUUUAAAUUUUUUAAAACUAGGUCUGGAUGUUCCUGAAGGAGAUUUAAAAUGUGUUUCACAACUUGCAAACACUAACAGCACAAAAAAGACCUUAGAUCCAUUUAUUGAGGCCACUUUCCUUAAAAAUAUGUUAAUGCCAUGUGUUUCUAUGAAAAAUAUUAACUUUUUUAACCUUCAAAUUUCAAUUUCAGCUUAAAAAAACAUUAAUCUAUUAAAACUAUUAAUCAGGCUAUUACUUUUGCUGUGAUUCCAUCCUCCCCUCUGCAUGAUUCAGCAUCCCCGUUAGUGUUCGUUCGAAUCAACGUACGCCAUCUUCUGUGCAAAAAACAGAGUAGAGAGAGGAGGAGGUAAAUGUUUAAGGCGCGUGGACAUGAUUGAACACGCAGGGACGAGUCAGGGUGGUAGAGGUGCAGAAGAAGGAAAACAAAGAGGAAAAAAAUGGCGGGAUGGUGUUUGUAGGCGGCGAUAUACUUUGGAGGGAAAGCUUGGUGAGCUUUAGGGCGGUGCUACUGAAUUGUCUUUACCACAGUUAGAUCAAAGUUGUUCUAAUCGAAAUUAUAGUUUUUCGCAGCUUAAUAAUACACCUUUUAUCUAAAAAUGUAAAAGAAAACAAACCGUUUUUUGUGUUAUCUGAAGUUCAGCUUUUUGCCGGAUCAAACUUCCUUUCUUGAGUAUUUUGUCACCAAACCUCGGAUGAUUUCUCCUGCGCUUUGAGCUGGCGGAUGAUUAUUUUUGUCGUGUUUUUGUGGUCAGUGGUUUUGUGUGAUCUCAGACUUCAACAUGCACUGAUCUCCAGUGAGAUAAGUAUUUAUUUUGUUUAGAAAAAAAAACCUAAUAACUGGAGCUGAAGAUCAUAGCUCGUCUGCAGAUCACACAUCCAAAAUCUUUUUCGCUUUUUAGUAUCGUUUUUUGUUUUUGUUUUUGUUUUUUUCCGGUUUGAGCGCUUUCGCCCUGAACUCUGCAGUCGAAAACUCUCAAACUGAAUUUUAAAAAGUCAAAAACAAGGUGUCGAUUUCACCAUAUUUAUGUGUUUAUUUUGGGAUAACACACAAGAGAGAAUGUAUUCAUAACAACACAUGUAGAUACUUUUUGUUGUCCUAAACAAACCACAUUUAUAUGUUUAAAAAUGACACAAAGAGAAACUGCCCUCACUGUAAAUAAUAGAGAUAGAAACACUGUAACGAUUUGUGACAUUUUUGGAAAUAUACGUGGGGUUUUUAUUUCUUAUCAUGAUUAAUUUGUUGAGAAAAGCUUUGUUUUUGUUCUGUUGUUUUGUUAAUGUUUACAGAAACUGUCUCGCGUCUUUGAAAUUCCUGUAAAAAUCUUAAAAGAUAAAUAAAUGUCCCCAAGGUGAAAUUCAUGUUUAACAUAAAAGUUGUGGAAAUAUUUUCCUAA